AUGAACUCAUUCACGCUCAACCUCCUCGAAUUACCCGUGGAUAUCCUCAGUCUCAUACUUAAACCGCUUGUCACAAGUUCCACGCCUAUUCAUCUCUGUCCUUGUACUCCGUCGCCCAUCAACCCUCUACCUAUUCUGCUCUCCCACCCAGCACUAUAUGCCAUCGCCACGCCGCUUUUAUACGCAGGAAACCAGUUUUUACUGGACGCAACAGGCCCUCAUGCACAGCACAUACGCAGGGAGUUGCAGGAUGCACCGCCCGGGGCCGACGAGAGACUUCCCGGCCGAGCAACUCUGCUCACAACACCAGGUGCGCUGCGCAGAAUCGCGAGGAUGGAGCUAAGGAUUGACCGUCUGAGAGGGUGGCUCGGAUCGGAUAUUGUGCCGGUGCUGACAGAGUUGGCGGUGCAGGGCAGGAUGGACUAUCUCACCAUAUGGGUGCGCACUCCCGCUGAACCGAGAGCAACGGUGUACCUCCACUCUGCGAAGCAAGAGAAGGACAUUUACAUGUUCUCUCGACCGCCACUAGAAGGUCUACUACGAGUACUGGCAGACCCAUACCUUGUAUCAGCGCAGCUGUGGGUAGACGCGCAGCAUUCAAAGACGUGGUGUCGGUUCCACGCCGGAGGUUGCGGAGCGGAAAGUGGAGAUUCGGGUCCGGGAAGGGAACGAGAACGGCGUGUCGAGAUUGAGUGGCGAGAAAUAAUCCGGCUGGUGGAUCCGGAGAGGAAGGAGAUCACUGUCAUUGGAACAGAGAAGAAGUGGUGA